AUGCCGAAAGCAACCCGCAGGCACUCCUCAAGAGGCGGCCACGGCCUCUUCACAACAACUGCGAUCCCAGCCGGCACGCAAAUCCUGUCGAUCCCCAAACCGCUUGUGACGAUCCCUGACGAUGCACACCUGCAGAGCACCUGUAGCAACUGCCUCCACCACGCUCCGGACACACCCUCAGUCCUAACAACUUAUAGCUCCCCGCGGAAGCUUUCUGCGUGCCUAGGGUGUAAAAUUGUCAAGUACUGUGGAAAGGAAUGUCAAACAGAAGACUGGAAGCGCGUGCACAAGCACGAAUGUAAAACCUUUGCUAAGCUACCGAGGGCAUUGCCGGGUUCUGUGCGCGUCACGAUGAGGGUGCUCAUGCAGAAUGCCGAAGGGGGGGUGCUUGCACAGUGUGAGGAUCAUGUUGAAAAGUUCCGUACGGAGGCCGGAGGGAAGAGAUGGGAAGGGGUGUUUGUGAUGGGGAAGGGGGCACAUGGGUAUUCGAGAACGAGGAGGGGGGAGGGGGAGGUUAGGAGGUUGUAUUGUGCUGUACUGGUAAACUCCAUGACCCUUGUCACAGAGACCUUCGAUCCCAUUGGUAUCGCAUUCGACCCGCUAACCGCGAGCAUAAACCACGAUUGCAUACCCAAUGCCGUUAUGCUCUUCAACGGCCGAAUCCUCCAAAUCCGUGCUCUAGAAGACAUCCCUGCGAACGCUGAAGUCCUGAUAUCAUACAUUGACAAUACAGUUCCCCGCGAACGCCGCCAGCUGGAACUGUCAGAGAAGUACUUCUUCACCUGCACCUGCUCGCGCUGCACCGGCCCUGCCGGACCCAUGGACGGGCUCCUGUGCGCCUGCGGCGGGGUCGGAAUGCCCUCGCGCGAAGCGGUGCUUUGCAACAGGUGCGCACGAGCACUCCCGGCGACUGCGGACGUGGAAAUACUCGAGCAGACAGCCUGGUCCGCGCUCGACUCGGAUAAGAGUGAAGCAAUGAUCUCCGCCUUGAGGCACCUACACAAGUCUCCUAUGUGGCCGCUACCCCGGCAGCCUUUAGCCGCACUACACCUAGCGCUUGUGCAGGGCGAAUAUAUCCCGUCUGGAAAUUGGGAACGGGCCCUACUGCAUCAUUUACUAAUCUACCUACGCCUCGACCCGGUCUUCUACCCGCAGAGGUUUCACCCUAUGCGGGUGGUGCACGGGUUCACGCUUGCGAACUUGUUCUUGCAGAUUCCGAGGGUGGAUUACGGGAAGGUUGUUUGGGGAUUGCUGUGUGAGUGCGCUGCGCAGGUGGAGAGGAGCCAUGGCGGUGGUGGAGUAUUUGCUGGUGUGGUUGCUAGGAAGAGGGAGGAGAUGAGGAGGGAUUUGGAGAAGGAGGAGCAGCCGAGGGGGUGGGUGGCAGCGAGGUUGGAGGAUAUUGGCCUCGAGGCGGAGAUGGGGAAGAUUGUUGGUAUGGUGGAGGGGCUGAUCAAGGAGCUUAAGAGGUAG